AUGAGCUCGUCGUUUCCAAAGAGCGAAUCUACAACAUCUCUGAUCGGAUCCUCCGCUCACGGUCAACAUCAGCAUCCGCAGCAUCACCGGCGCACCGGAAACACGGAGGCUGCGGAAGGCGCGCGCGGAGGCUCACGGAACGGAUGCGCGAGACGCAGUCAGAGGAGCCAGCACGAGGAGGCGCCGGCGAGAGGCAAGCGGCCGUCUCAUCAUCAUCAUCAUCAUCAUCAACCCCCUCAGAGUGAGAAAAGCCCGAGGCGCUCGGACGAAACCAGUUGCUUUUUUGAACCGAAGGAGAAACCGCGAAGGGGUUCGAACCAAAGCGUAAACGCGAACCCCGCGUGCGCGACGGGAAAACCCGGCAGCGCGCGCGCCAAGGCACCGGACGAAGAGUUGCGUCCGAUCAUAAAGUCAGUCUUCGGGCAGGACAGAGAGCUGAGACCUGAAGAACUGGAUGAGCUCAGAGAAGCGUUUAAAGAGUUUGAUAAGGACAGAGAUGGCCUCCUUAACUGUAAGGAUCUGGGGGUGUGCAUGAGGACAAUGGGUUACAUGCCUACAGAAAUGGAGCUGAUUGAACUCAGUCAACAGGUCAACAUGAACAUGGGGGGUCACGUGAACUUUGAUGAAUUUGUGGAGUUGAUGGGACCAAAACUGUUAGCAGAAACGGCUGAUAUGAUUGGAAUGAAGGAGCUCAGAGAUGCUUUUAAAGAGUUUGACGCUAAUGGAGACGGUCAAAUCAGCACAUCUGAACUACGAGAGGCCAUGAAGAAACUGCUGGGUCAACAGGUUCGACGCAAAGAGCUGGAGGACAUCGUGAAGGACAUCGAUCUCAACGGUGAUGGACAUGUUGACUUUGAAGAGUUUGUGCGAAUGAUGUCACGCUGACAUGGAGGAACGACA